AGUAAUUUUGUCCUGGGUAACGCCCAGGUACAGUCCCUCUACCCCAUAGUCUACUGUUCUGAUGGCUUCUGUGAGCUGACCGGCUAUGCCCGCGCCGAACUGAUGCAGAAGAGCUGCGCGUGUCAUUUCCUGUACGGGCCAGAGACCAGCGACCAGCUGACGGCGAAGAUCCAGGGGGCGUUGGACGACAGGGGGGAAUUUAAGAGUGAGCUGCUGUUCUACAAGAAGGGAGGUGAGAGACUCAGAGUCAGGGGGUGCCCCUAGGGCUCUGGUCAAAACUAGUGCACUACAUAGGAAAUAGGGGGCCAUUUCAGACCACCCAGAGAGACAGAGAGACCGAGCUGGUGUUCUACAGACUCAAGCCUCGUUUAUACCUGGUGCUAGCAUGCGUUCUUUGUCCUGAUCUUAUCCACAUUAUGAUUGUGCCCACAUUGUAGCCAUUGCAUCUACACAUGGUAGUAAAAUGUCUCUUAUCUGUCCACUGUGUCCGCAUUGUGACCAAAUAUCAUGGUCCCUCCAUGUAUGCAAAUUAUUAUAUGUAUUUAUUUAUUUUAAGACACAUAUUGAUGCCAUAAGUCAAUGGUGACACCUGUCAAUUAUUUUAGCGGGUGGAAUAAUUAUGAUUUAAAUGGUUUCACUGUCCAGAUCUGUCUAAACUUGUAAGAUAUCCAGACACAACACAUCUGACUACCUCCAGAGGUGGUCAGGAAGAUCUGAUGGUAAUCAGAUCACAAUGCAUCUUUUAAUCAUCUAAACCUGCCAAAAAAUGUGGGUAUAAAUCAGAAUGUGGAUCAGGAAAAAAGGACACUUGUUAGAACCAGGUAUAAACGGCGAUUAAAGCCCCCAGGCAGUCUUUUACAUUUUAUUUUUAAAUCAUCACUCUAUGUCUAAUAAAUCACUAUGUGUGUUUAUUUCAAAAUUAUUUCCCUGAGCCUCCUUUUGCCAUUUAAAUGUUCAGUCUGAUCGUGUGGGCGUGUUGAUAAAAAAUGAAAUAUAUUUACAUACACAGCCCUGAUUGACAGAUAGUAUCGUCUAGACUAAAGUCUACCCUGCUUACCCCUUCAAAGUAGGAGGAUACAGGGCAUUCAGAAAGUAUUGAGACCCCUUGACUUUUUCCACAUUUUGUUAUGUUACAGCCUUAUUCUAAAAUGGAUAAAAUUAAAUAAAUGUCCUCAUCAAUCUACACACAAUACCCCAUAAUGACAAAGCGAAAACAGGUUUUUAUAAAUUUUUGCAAAUUUAUAAAAAAUGUAAAACAGAAAUACGUUAUUUACACAAGUAUUCAGACCCUUUGCUAUGAGACUCAAAAUUGAGCUCAGGUGCAUCUUGUUUCCAUUGAUCUUCCUUGAGAUGUUUCUACAACUUGAUUGGAGUCCACCUGUGGUAAAUUCAAUUGAUUGGACAUGAUUUUGAAAGGCACACACCUGUCUAUAUAAGGUCCCACAGUUGACAGUGCAUGUCAGAGCAAAAACCAAGCCAUGAGGUCGAAGGAAUUGUCAGUUGAGCUCCGAGACAGGAUUGUGUCGAGGCACAGAUCUGGGGAAGGGUACCAAAAACAUUAUGCAGUAUUGAAGGUCCCCAAGAACACAGUGGCCUCCAUCAUUCUUAAAUGGAAGAAGUUUGGAACCACUAAGACUCUUCCUUGAGCUGGCCGCCCUGCCAAACUGAGCAAACAGGGGAGAAGGGCCUUGAUCUGACAGAGCGCCAAAGUUCCUAUGUGGAGAUGGGAGAACCUUCCAGAAGGACAACCAUCUCUGCAGCACUCCACCAAUCAGGCCUUUAUGGUAGUGGCCAGACGGAAGCCACUCCUCAGUAAAAGGCACAUGACAGCCCGCUUGGAGUUUGCCAAAAGGCACCUAAAGGACUCUCAGACCAUGAGAAACAAGAUUCUCUGGUCUGAUGAAACCAACAUUGAACUCUUUGGCCUGAAUGCCAAGCGUCACGUCUGGAGGAAACCUGGCACCAUCCCUACGGUGAAGCAUGGUGGUUGCAGCAUCAUGCUGUGGGGAUGUUUUUCAGCGGCAGUGACUGGGAGACUAGUCAGGAUCAAGGGAAAGAUGAACAGAGCAAAGUACAGAGAGAUCCUUGAUGAAAACCUGCUCCAGAGCACUCAGAACCUCAGACUGGGAAUGGAUUUUUAUUUGGAUUUCAUGUAAUGGACAUACACAAAAUAGUCCAAAUUGGUGAAGUGAAAUGAAAAAAAUAACUUGUUUCAAAAAAUUCAAAAAAUAAAUAACGGAAAAGUGGUGCGUGCAUAUGUAUUCACCCCCUUUGCUAUGAAGCCCCUAAGUAAGAUCUGGUGCAACCAAUUACCUUCAGAAGUCACAUAAGUAGUUAAAUAAAAUCCACCUGUGUGCAAUCUAAGUGUCACAUGAUCUGUCACAUGAUCUCAGUAUAUAUACACCUGUUCUGAAAGGCCUCAGAGUCUGCAACACCACUAAGCAAGGGGCACCACCAUUCAAGCAGCACCAAGAAGACCAAGGAGCUCUCCAAACAGGUCAGGGAAAAAGUUGUGGAGAAGUACAGAUCAGGGUGGGGUUAUAAAAACAUAUCAGAAACUUUGAACAUCUCACGGCGCACCAUUAAAUCCAUUAUAAAAAAAUUGAAAGAAUAUGGCACCACAACAACCUUGGCAAGAGAGGGCCGCCCACUAAAACUCACGGACCAGGCAAGGAGGGCAUUAAUCAGAGAGGCAACAAAGAGACUAAAGAUAACCCUGAAGGAGCUGCAAAGCUCCACAGCAGAGAUUGGAGUAUCUGUCCAUAGGACCACUUUAAGCCGCACACUCCACAGAGCUGGGCUUUACGGAAGAGUGGCCAGAAAAAAAGCCAUUGCUUUAAGAAAAAAAUAAGCAAACACGUUUGGUGUUCGCCAAAAGCCAUGUGGGAGACUCCUCAAACAUAUGGAAGAAGGUACUCUGGUCAGAUGAGUCUAAAAUUAAGCUUUUUGGCCAUCAAGGAAAACACUAUGUCUGUGAUGACAUCCAAUGACAUGGUGACAUUUUUUGUUGAUUUCACACUGAAUUCACGUUAGUUGACAACUCAACCAAAUGUAAAUCAAAACUAGGCGAUGAACUGACGUCUGUGCCCAGUGGGAGAGAUUGAUGAGACAGAUCGAGGCAAGAAGGAACUGGUCCAUAGCAGAGAUAAUAUUUGAGGAGAAGGACAAAAGGACAAAACUGACAUUGAAGAGAAGACCGAGUGGUUUUAGACGAGAAAGGUAGAAGGCUAGCUUGGCUGGGUAGAGAGCUAGACGGCUGUUACUGGAAGAUAUAAGCCUUGAACAAAGAGAAGCACAGCAAAUACCAAAUACAAAUUGAUUCAAGCAUUAUUGGCCCUGCAUAUGCAUACAUUUGCAUUUUACAGCCUUCUGGGGCAGGGAAAUACAAUAAUAAACACAUUUAGUAAAGUUUUGUGAGUUCCUUCAUUAAGGCCUGGGACUGAAAGCGUUUAAAGAUGAAGAGAUCAUAUAAAAACAGAAGAAGUGUUUGUGUGUGUGUGUGUGUACAUGUGUGUGAGAGUGUAUGCUUGUGUUCUCACAUCCCUCCUGUAUCCCCAUGUAUUAACACAACACAACCUGAGCCUCCAGAACAAUUCAAGGGUUAUUAAAGACGUGCUUCGGAACUUUGGUGACUAGUAAGUAUUUUUUAAACCUCCCACUUUGGGCUGGAUGUGUUAAUGUGUAGUUCAUACAUGCAUAAUCUAUAAGCAGAAUUACUGUCUUAUCUCAAUUAGCCACGAAAUUCCUAGUUUGAAAGCAACUGUUUUCUAGAAUCUGUGCAGCACCAUUUUACCUACAUGUUCUCCCACGUGGGCUAGCCCCCUAGCAAUUUGAAUUUCAGACAAUGAGUUUCAGCCCCUCGCCAUUUGAGUGACAGCUAGCAAGAUACACACUCAGCAGAGCGAGAGAGAGAGAAAGCAAUGACGUGGUGCACAUACUGUAUCUGCACAUAUUUGACGUAGUGUGCAAUUUUCGGGACCACUUUUGACUCGUGAAGCUACUUUCAGAACUACUGACAAUUUUUUUUACAAAAGUACCAGAGAAUCUCUUUAAGCCUUGUCCCUCAUCCUUUAGUUCAUGUCCAUAUUCACACAGUAUGUUGAACACCAUGUAAUCCAGCUUUCAUCUAAAUAUACACCCAAUUGAGACAAAGAGAACACAGUGUUAACCAUAACAGCCAUGUAAUAGGACUCUGUCUCUAUGAAUAUGAGGCUCUUUUAUCUUGAUCAUAUCCAUUUAUGAACAACCACAACAUGUCCACCACCAUGUCACACUGUUAUGUGACUUUGUCAAGCUUGUUUUUGAUGUUCCAGUUGUAGCACUGACAGACAGGUGGAGUGGUAUGAAAUAUAUAAAAAUACAAGAAAAUAAAUAAAAUGUAUAGAAGUUGCCACGUGUAAUCUGAUUUAAACCAUGAAUACACUCUAAACCAAAACCUCAGAAAACAAAUGAAUUGGGUACAAAUGCAUUGGCUAUUGUGCACGCAAUGUGUUUCGACUAUAUCUGUCUUCUUCAGGCAGUUGAAGCACUGAAAGGUCUGACUUGUUCAAAUCUACAAAGACACAGAUUCAUGAUGGCUGUUAAGUGUUGCUGAUCGCAUUUGAUUAGAAACCCUCACAUUCACUUAGUGAGGCAUCAAAUCAAAUGAAAUCAUGGUACACGUGGAUGUAUUGUGAGCCAGUUGGUUUUGUAGUGUAGGUACCAGUUGUGUUAGAUUCAAAGAGAAUAGUUAUUCCCUGUGGUUUCAGUCCGUAGAGGAUGUAAUCGGUGUAUGGACAGCUGUGUGCUUCUGGUAGGUCUGCUUCUCAUCCAUGCUGAACGCUGUGGUGCUCAAUAUACUCUCAAUGUUGUGCUUAUCGUAACAGGUUGGAUAUUGCCUGCCAGCACAUUCAUGCUCCUUCAUAUAGUUGAUGGAGAUUGAUUAGUCAAAUUAAAUAAUAUUAAUCUUCAUCAUCAUUUUCUUCAUCACCAUCAUUGUUGUCAUCAUCAUCGUCAUCACCAUCAUCAUCAACACCUGUUUUUAACCACAGCUUUCAGACAAUGUCAAACCCUUCACCUUGGCUGAGAGUUGGGUGUAUUAAGUGUAACCGUGAUCUGUAGUCGGGUCACAGUGUGAGGAGAGAGACUCACAGACCUGUAUGACCUGGGUCCGUCACUUCUCACAUCACACCUCUACACAUUAUCUCUUCUAUCACUCUCCUACCUGCCUGCCAAACAACUGGGAGGAUAUAGCAUGCCACACAUCUCUCACUGCCAGGCACAACACUCCAUACAGUAUGAUAAAGAAAGGAUGAUUGAAGUGCUGUGUGGAUGUACAUGAAUACAGUAUGGAUGACAUCAAUUGAAUAGAGAAUAGCAAACUAUUUCUCCAGUCCGCUUCGUGACCAAUCUCAGAUAAAGCUGUACAUUUGUUUUUUUUAGCUUAUUUGUUUUCAUGCCAAGCUCAUUUCACUUUCUGAAUGACCAAAUUAGAGCUACGCUUCCUAAAAUGAAAAAGCUUUUAUUAAAUAAAGACAUCCUGCAUGCAACUCUCUCUAUCUCAUCAGUAAUAUCUCUCUAAAAGAGGAGCUCUGGGCUUUGACUCAGGGUGCAGAAUGUAAGGCACACACACAAACACUACACAUAAAGUGAGGUAGUGAGAUGUUGUUUUCUGGGUUUUGCUGAUAUUGUAACUUAUUAGGACUAGAGCAUUCAGUAUAAAUAGCUUUUCUAUAUUUCCAAUUUAAAUCAGCGUGUUCGCUGGGUUUUAUAGGGAGGCAGUGGGAUGGCAGGAGCUUUUCAAAUUUCUGUAGACAGCUGGAGACGAUCUGAUUAGCUAGAGGAAUGGAGUGUGUAUUAAAAUGAUGUGUGUGUGUGUACAUCAUUAUCAGUAUCAUCCUUAUAUGUAUCUGUUUUUGUACCAAUCUGCCACUAUAAAUAUUUAACUGAUUCACUGUCUCUUCCUACCAGUAUGUGUCUCUGAUCUCUGUCUCUCUGUGUUCCAGGUACCCAGUUCUGGUGUCUGCUGGACAUCGUGCCAAUUAAGAAUGAGAAGGGAGAGGUGGUGCUGUUUCUGGUGUCCCACAAGGACAUCACUGACAACAAGAAGGACCAGGACCCAGAGCAAGGCCCAGAGACUGGUGAGUUACCCUGGGUUAGACGAGGACCCAGAGCAAGGCCUAGAGACUGGUGAGUUACCCUGGGUUAGACCAGGACCCAGAGCAAGGCCCAGAGACUGGUGAGUUACCCUGGGUUAGACCAGGACCCAGAGCAAAGCCCAGAGACUGGUGAGUUACCCUGGGUUAGACCAGGACCCAGAGCAAAGCCCAGAGACUGGUGAGUUACCCUGGGUUAGACCAGGACCCAGAGCAAGGCCCAGAGACUGGUGAGUUACCCUGGGUUAGACCAGGACCCAGAGCAAAGCCCAGAGACUGGUGAGUUACCCUGGGUUAGACCAAGACCCAGACAGACCAGGACCCAGAGCAAUUCCCAGAGACUGGUGAGUUACCCUGGGUUUGUCACGAUUCAGACAGACGACCAGAGGACCACAAUUGCGUCACACCAGAAAGUUUAUUAAAACUUAAGGGAAAAGGGAAGUAGGGAGUGAAUGAAGGCUCCAGGGGUAACAGGGAUCCCGUCCAAUGUGCUGGGUCUGUGCCCCCCCCAGUGGCAGCGAUGCGUCCUAUGAAGCCGGUGGUGGGUGGUCCAGAAGUCCUGGGGGGGGGGAGACACAGACACAACAGGGCGGAAUGAAACAAGGCAGCAGUACAGUUCAAGGGAAAUCCAAAAUACGUAGUAGCAAGGCAGAAGGCUGGUCAGAGUUACCGGGAUUGAAGAGUAGUCAGGAGUCGUUAUGGCAGAAGCAGGUCUGGAUCUCCUGGGGCAGAAGAGUAUCCAAAAAUUCAGGCAGGACCGGGGUCACAAAACCAGGGUGAGCCAGAAGCGCGAGCAAACAGGUUCCGGGUGUGAGCUUUGCAGACGAUCUGACACCGGAGAGCUGAAAGACAGGGCCUUAAAUACUGGGAGAGGUAGUGGGUAAUGCAGCGCAGCUGGCAGAGUAAUUAGAGCAGAGCAGAGCAGGGACAGGUGGAGCUAGUUAGGCUGAGUAGAGAGAGUGGUGAGCAGAGUGGAAGAAAAUUAAGGUGGUAACCCGGUGGAGUGAGAGGCUCAUGACAGAACCCCCCCCCCAAGGGACGGCCCCAGAAGUCCCAAGAGCAACACCACGCCGGGCGGGAGGAGGGGAGCCGGAGGAGGGCUAGAACUCCUCCGAACGGUCCGAGUGAACGUCCUCAUCCUCGGAGGAAGCCGGAGGGCCGUGGUCGGGAGAUGGGACAGGUCCCGAGACAGGAUCAGGCACAGGACAGGAAGCCGAGCGGGCAGGACGGUUAGGGACCCCUCUGGGGCGGCCCCUACGGAUUGCAGGUUGAUCAGGAUGCCGUUGGUGGAAAGCGGUGAUGAGAGUCCUAUCCACAAUCCGACUAGCUGGCACCCAGGUCCUUUCCUCAGGUCCAUAGCCCUCCCAGUCAAUGAGGUACUGGAGACCCCUACCCCUCCGUCUGGACCGAAGCAGGCGGCGGACGGUGUAAACCAGACCACCAUCGACGAGCCGUGGAGGAGGAGGACAAGGCGCAGCAGGGACCAGCGGACUCUCAUGGAUGGGCUUAAUCUUAGACACAUGGAAAGUGGGGUGCACCCUCAGGGAAUUAGGCAGUUGGAGCCGGACAGCAGUUGGGCUAAUCACUCUUAUGAUAGGGAAUGGGCCAAUGAACCGAGGUGCCAGCUUCUGCGACUCCACCCUGAGUGGCAGGUUCUUCGAUGACAACCACACCCUUUGACCAACAUGGUAGGUGGGAGCAGGAAUUCUCCGACGGUUGGCCCCGGUAGUGUAGCUGGCAACGGAUCUGAGGAGUGUGGCUCGGGCUUGUGACCAGGUGCGGCGACAUCGACGGGCAAAAGCAAGUGCAGAUGGGCAAGUAACCUCCUCUUCCUGGCUGGCAAAUAGAGGAGGCUGGUAUCCAUAAACACAUUGGAAAGGGGACAUACCGAUGGCAGAGCAGGUCAGAGAAUUGUGUGCGUACUCCACCCAUGUCAAUUGCUGCGACCAGGAGUGGGGGUUGCGUGAAGUCAUGCAUCGCAGUGCCUUCUCGAGCUCCUGAUUAGCCCGCUCUGACUGCCCAUUGGAUUGGGGAUGGAAUCCGGAAGUCAGACUGACUGUGGCUCCCAGCAGGUGACAGAACUCCUUCCAAAAACCGGAGGAGAAUUGUGGACCACGGUCAGAAACUACAUCCUUUGGCAGUCCGUGGAUCCGGAAGACGUGUUCCAGGACCACCUGGGCGGUCUCCUUGGCGGUUGGGAGCUUGGGGAGGGGAAUGAAGUGUGCCAUCUUGCUGAAACGGUCAACUAUGGUGAGAAUGACGGUCAUGCCCCUUGAAGGGGGCAGCCCCGUGACAAAGUCAAGGGCGAUGUGAGACCAGGGACGUCUGGGCACAGGCAGGGGCUGCAGCAAUCCGGCUGGGGGCUGGCAGGACGACUUGUGUUGGUUGCAGAUGGGGCAGGCUUGGACGAAUUCCCGUACAUCCUUUCUCAGAGAGGGCCACCAGAACCUCUGGGCGAGCAGGUUGUAAGUGCGGGUGGAGCCAGGGUGACAAGCUAGGCGGGAGUCAUGUCCCCACUGAACGACCUGGGACCUCAGGUCUUCGGGGACAAAAAGGCGGUCAGCUGGGCAAGUGCUGGGACCUGGCUGGUUACGGAGAGCCUCCAGCACCUGUUCCUCAACAGCCCAGGUCAGAGCUGCAACGAUGCAGGGACUUGGCAGAAUCGACACAGGGUCCUUGGAGGGGGUGUCAUCCUUCUGGAAUUGACGGGAGAGGGCGUCUGGCUUGGUGUUACGUGAUCCAGGCCGGUAUGACAGAGUGAAAUUAAACCUGGUGAAGAACAGGGCCCAGCGGGACUGCCUGGAGUUCAACCGUUUGGCCGUGCGGAUGUACUCCAAGUUCUUAUGAUCGGUCCAAACGAGAAAUGGAAUGGUGGACCCCUCCAGCCAGUGACGCCACUCCUCCAAGGCAAGCUUCACAGCCAGCAGCUCACGGUUCCCUAUGUCGUAAUUGCACUCAGAGGGGGACAACCGACGUGAGAAAAAGGCACAGGGAUGGAGCUUCCUAUCCUCCGCAGCCCACUGAGAAAUCACAGCACCAACUCCCACAUCCGAGGCGUCCACCUCCACAAUGAAUUGCCGGUCCACAUCAGGCAUCUGGAGGAUGGGAGCGGAGGUGAACCUCACCUUGAGGGUACUGAAGGCCUUGUCGGCUGCUGGGGUCCAGGUGAAGGGUUGCUUGGUGCUGGUUAGAGCAGUGAGAGGGGCAGCAACGGUACUGUAGUUCCGGAUAAACUUUCUAUAGAAGUUAGCAAACCCCAGAAACUGUUGCAGCUUCUUUCUGUUCUCCGGAACUGGCCAUGAAGUGACUGCUGAUACUUUGGCAGGAUCCAUUUGGAUACUUCCCUCUGCCACUAUGUACCCCAGGAAGGCCACUGUCUUGACGUGAAACUCACAUUUCUCUGCCUUGGCGUAGAGGGAAUUCUCCAGAAGGCGAUGAAGGACUUGCUGGACAUGGCGGGUGUGUUCAGACAGGUUUCUGGAGUAGAUUAAGAUGUCAUCCAGGUAAACGAAGACAAACUUGUUUAACAUGUCCCGCAGUACAUCAUUCACUAGAGCCUGGAACACAGCAGGAGCAUUGGUGAGGCCAAAAGGCAUAACCAGAUACUCGUAGUGGCCUGUUGGUGUAUUGAAUGCGGUUUUCCAUUCAUCUCCCUCCCGGAUCCGCACUAGGUGGUAAGCGUUUCUGAGAUCCAACUUGGUAAAAACAGUGGCUCCCUGGAGCAACUCAAAAGCAGAGGUGAGCAGAGGCAGAGGGUAACGGUUUUUCACUGUGAUGUCGUUGAGUCCCCUGUAGUCGAUGCAGGGGCGAAGAGAUCCGUCCUUCUUCCCCACAAAGAAGAAGCCAGCACCAGCAGGAGAUGAAGAUGAACGGAUUAAUCCUGCGGACAGAGAGCCAUUGAUGUAGUCCUCCAUGGACUUUCUUUCAGGAGCAGACAACGAAUAAAGACGACCCUUUGGAGGGGCUGUUCCAGGGAGGAGGUCGAUGGCACAGUCGUACGGUCGGUGAGGGGGCAGAGAUGUGGCUCUUGCUUUGUUAAACACCUCUCUGAGACCAUGGUAGCAUUCUGGGACAUUGGAGAGGUCAGGAGCGGAGUUAGUAGGUACUGGCCGAGGGGGUAGUGCGGCAGCAAGCAGGCAGGUUCGGUGGCAGUCCUCUCCCCACUCCCUGAUCACCCCGGUCACCCAGUCGAGCUGAGGGUUGUGCCGGCGGAGCCAUGGGUAACCCAGGAUGAGGGGUUGGCCUGGAGAGGGGAGCAGGUGAAACUGGAUAGUUUCUUGAUGGUUUCCGGACAGACCCAUCGAGACCGGGGCCGUGACAUGAGUGACCGAUCCGAGUAAGUGUCCGUCCAGUGCCCGGGCAGGAAUAGGAGGUGUCAAACGGAGGUUCUCCAGUCCCAGUUGGCGUGCCAGCUUGAUGUCCAUUAUGUUGGCUUCGGCGCCAGAAUCCACCAGAGCAGCCAGGGUGUGAGUUGAGUCAGAGAGGCGGAGGUGAACUUGCAGCAGGGGUUUGCGGUCGGAGGACUGGAUGGUCAUUGAACUCAACCGGACUCCCCCUAUGCCCGGUGAGCUUCGGCCCUUUAAAGGGCAGGUUACCACACGAUGUCCAUCACCUCCACAAUAGAGGCAGAGGUUAGAGGUGAAGCGGCGCUGGCGCUCUGCAGGAGUGAGAGAGGCUCGCCCAAUCUCCAUAGGCUCAGACUGAUCAAGCUGACCUGGGUGAGUGGCAGUAGAUGACAGGAGCCCAGUCGGAUCUCUCCGAAUGCCGGUAGUAGGUGGACCUUGGCGCCCCCUCUCACGACGACGGGUCUGUAUCCUUCUGUCGAUCCUGACAGUCAGUGCGAUGGCUUCAUCAAGAGUGGAAGGCAGUUCAUGGGAGACCAACUCGUCCUUGAUAUAGUCAGCCAAACUAUGGAAGAACGCGUCCACCAACGAUGGUGUGUUCCAAGAACUUCGUCUAGCCAGGGUUCGGAAGUCGAUGGAAUGGUCUGCGACUGUACGUCUGCCUUGUCGAAUACUGAACAGUUCACGAGACGCCUCUGCGGUUGGUGAAUCCAGGUCAAACACCUUCAGCAUCUCCUCAGCAAACAGGUCGAAGGUUGCACAUGCGGGGGUUUGACGUUCGAACUCUGCUGUUCCCCAGAGUCGAGCUCGGCCCGUCAGGUGAGUGAUGGCAUACCCAACUUUAGCCCCCUCCGUGGCGAAGGUCCUUGGCUGCAAGGAGAACUGAAGUCGGCAGCUAGUCAGGAAUGGCCGGACCUGGGUUGAAUCGCCGUUGAACCGCUCGGGGUUUCCAAUCUUGGGUUCCGGAGCAGCGGCUGCAAUGACCGGGGCAGGUAACUCGGGGGCAGGGCUGGUGGGCAGACUGGCUGGGGUAAGGUUGGUGAGGAGUUGAAUGAUCAUGGCGAGUUGUUGUUGCUGCUGCUGGAACUGCUGCUCAUGCUCAUCGGUUUCCAUGUCGGGGAAAGUGUGCGCUGAGUCCAUAAUGGUCAGAUCGUACUGUCACGAUUCAGACAGACGACCAGAGGACCACAAUUGCGUCACACCAGAAAGUUUAUUAAAACUUAAGGGAAAAGGGAAGUAGGGAGUGAAUGAAGGCUCCAGGGGUAACAGGGAUCCCGUCCAAUGUGCUGGGUCUGUGCCCCCCCCAGUGGCAGCGAUGCGUCCUAUGAAGCCGGUGGUGGGUGGUCCAGAAGUCCUGGGGGGGGGGGAGACACAGACACAACAGGGCGGAAUGAAACAAGGCAGCAGUACAGUUCAAGGGAAAUCCAAAAUACGUAGUAGCAAGGCAGAAGGCUGGUCAGAGUUACCGGGAUUGAAGAGUAGUCAGGAGUCGUUAUGGCAGAAGCAGGUCUGGAUCUCCUGGGGCAGAAGAGUAUCCAAAAAUUCAGGCAGGACCGGGGUCACAAAACCAGGGUGAGCCAGAAGCGCGAGCAAACAGGUUCCGGGUGUGAGCUUUGCAGACGAUCUGACACCGGAGAGCUGAAAGACAGGGCCUUAAAUACUGGGAGAGGUAGUGGGUAAUGCAGCGCAGCUGGCAGAGUAAUUAGAGCAGAGCAGAGCAGGGACAGGUGGAGCUAGUUAGGCUGAGUAGAGAGAGUGGUGAGCAGAGUGGAAGAAAAUUAAGGUGGUAACCCGGUGGAGUGAGAGGCUCAUGACAGGGUUAGAAGCUAAGUUAACCUGGGUUAGAGACUGGUGAGUUAAAAUUGGGGUGGAGGCUGAUUUAACCUGGGUUAGACUCUGAAUUAACUUGACUUAGAUUCUGAGUUAACAUGGGUUAAAGUCAGAAUUAACCUGGGUUAAUUUGGGAGGGAGUAGAGAGACGAGAUAGAGAGUGAGAGAAAGAGAGAAAGACAGCGAGAGAGAGAGAGAGAGAGAGAGAGAGAGAGAGAGAGAGAGAGAGAGCGAGAGAGAGACAGAGACAGAGAGAAACAGAGCGAGAGAGAGACAGAGACAGGGAAAGAGAGAGAGACAGAGAGAAACAGAGAGAGAGACAGAGACAGGGAAAGAGAGAGAGACAGAGAGAAACAGAGCGAGAGAGAGACAGAGACAGGGAAAGAGAGAGAGACAGAGAGAAACAGAGCGAGAGAGAGACAGAGACAGGGAAAGAGAGAGAGACAGAGAGAAACAGAGAGAGAGAGCCAGAGACAGGGAAAGAGUGGCGCAGUGGUCUAAGGCACUGCAUCGCAGUGCUAGCUGUGCCACUAGAGAUCCUGGUUCGAAUCCAGGCUCUGUCGUAGCAGGCCGCGACCGGGAGACCCAUUGGGCGGCGCACAAUUCGUCCAGGGUAGGGGAGGGAAUGGCCGGCAGGGAUGUAGCUCAGUUGGUAGAGCAUGCCGUUUGCAACGCCAGGGUUGUGGGUUUGAUUCCCACGGGGGGCCAGUAUGAAAAAAAAUUAUUAUGUAUGCACUCACUAACUGUAAGUCGCUCUGGAUAAGAGCGUCUGCUAAAUGACUAAAAUGAAAGAGAGACAGAGAGACAGAGACAGGGAAAGAGAGAAACUCUGACAUUGCCACUCUCUGUGACUGUUAUGAUGCAAAUCUUAUUUGGCUACAGAGGACACAGCUUUAUUCUGCUUUUUUCAGCUUCAGUUUUGACCCAGACACCACACAGGAUUAUUACAUUUUUUCACUGUGAAUUACAGAGUGAAAUGACACCAUGGGAGAUAGAGUUGACAAAUAGGCAUGGAGGAAGGGAUAGAGGGAGGGAUGGAGGGAGAGAGAGAGGUGUUCAUGUUUUUUGUUCAGUGAUUUAUCACGAAGAUGUAAUGACUGUAACCUUUAAAGAGCUUCAUCAGCAUACAUGUUUUACACUGUUAUAAGAAUUAGUGUGUAACACUGGAGGGAGGGAGGGAGGGAGGGAGGGAGGGAGGGAGGGAGACUUGGCUAUUCUGUCUGGUUGGUUUAAACUCUGAAAAUAGUUUUGACAUUUCCAUACAAUCCCUAUCUACUACUCUAGGGAAUGAGAACAUUACAUUUUGUGUGGACCCUCGUGGCAGUACAGGUGUCCUCAGGGCCGGCUCCAGGCAUAAGCGACAUAAGCGGUCACUUAGAGCCCCUGGCUAGUCGGGGUUUCAACUUGGAACAUGACGUCUCUUGGCCACAUGAAACCAGUUGUGUCUGGUUUGGGUAGUGAGUCACUGUGCCAAAAUAGCUGCACGGAUUUUCAAGCAUAUCAUCUUAAAAUGACCCUACCAAUCAGGGCUUUCAAGUUAUGGAGUUUGUUUUUUGGAAAUAAGACACAGACAGGUGGUGAAGCUUCAAACUUCUUAUGACAUUACCAAGGCCUGUAGCUUUCAAAUGAUAUGUCACUUUCUAUUUUCUGAUUAAUCUUAUUUUGGGGGUGACCCCCCAAACUCACAGAGCCCUGUUCAGGGCCCAAAACAACCGCUCAGCGUUUAACAGGUUAAAUGUGUCAAAUAAAAUAAAAUGUAUACAAAAUAAUUCAUUAAAGGAUUCAUGAAUUCAACGACAUUCUCUCUGUCCCCAGAUGAGGAGACGGGUCUGGAAGUGCACAAGGUCACCCGUCCCCCAGGCUUCAACACCAACCGCAGACGCAGCCGGGCCGUACUCUACCACCUGUCUGGACACCUGCAGAAACAGGACAAAAGCAAGAUCAAGCUCAACAACGUGAGUUGCCCUGAGUCACACACACACACACACACACGUGCGCGCGCACACACACACACACACACACAAACAAACACAAACACACACACAUACAGAUGUAGGAUCUUAAUUUGAGCCAGUUUGCUACAGCAGGAAAAUAAUCCUGCAGCAACAGGAAAUGUGAAUUAUUAUGUGGAUUAUAAUUAAUGGAAAAUAAUUAGGGUAAAUCAAGUCUGACAUUUUAAAGUGGAAAUUACAAACGUUAGAAGCCUUUUGAAACCUUGAAUAGACUACAAGUUUGCAUUUUUUGCUGUACAGGAAAGUUCUCAUCAACAAAAGAGUGAUCAAAUUAAGAUCCUACAUCUGUACACGCACACGCCUUGCCUUGACAGCUAAGUGUCCAGCCACAUCUCAAGGAGCGCUACAAUGACAUUGAGUAAGCUUGCUUUGAGGACAAUCCUGAACAACACAUAGAUAUCGAAUAGAUUAACCUUGUAGCUUCAGACCAUGCCCAUCCAACCCACAGUGUACAGUGUCUUCAGUCCAAAGCCCAGGGUCAAGUUCACAGGAUUUACAAUGAUAGUCAUGUUGCUGAGUUUUCAUUCCAGGAUUAAACUGAGUUUGCUGAAAUACAUUAAUAAAUAAUGUUUACUGAAGGGUACAGAUGGGAUGAAGGUUGACUGAGAAGGUUCUGACUGACUGAGCUGAGCAGGUUCUCUUUGACUUUGGUGAAAAUAGGAUUGCGUUCAUAUUUCUGUCCAUGUAGACAUGCAGUCGUUUUCAAAAGAGAGAACUACUCCUUACUAUUCUAUGGGCUAGAACUAGAACAAACCAGAACCUGGAGUUUUUCCUAUUCUAUGGGCUAGAACUAGAACAAACCAGAACCUGGAGUUUUUCCUAUUCUAUGGGCUAGAACUAGAACAAACCAGAACCUGGAGUUUUUCCUGCUUAGGUCAUGUUGUCAUGAAAAUCCUGUUAUUGACGUGCCUAUCUUUCUCCUCACCCCUCCAGAACAUGUUUGGGGACAAACCGCCCAUCCCAGAGUACAAGGUGGCAGCCAUUCAGAAGUCCCGAUUCAUCCUGCUCCACUACGGGACCUUCAAGGCAGGCUGGGAUUGGCUAAUCCUGCUGGCUACCUUCUAUGUGGCAGUCACGGUGCCCUAUAAUGUGUGUUUCACUGUGGUGGGGGGGCGGGAUGAAGGGAGCUCCGCCCCCCGCAGCCCCCCCAGUGUGAGUGACAUUCUAGUGGAGAUCCUCUUCAUGCUGGGUAAGGAGACAAGGAAUAUAGCUAAAGUUAUUCUAACAUUAUGGUAACAAUAUUCUAACAUUAUUUUGAUAUUCUCAUAAUAUCUAACAUUUUCUAUUGCAUCUAUUAGUCUAGCAUUAUAUAACAUUCUUUCAACACUAUUCUAAAUCAAAUAAAAAUCUAAACAAAGUUUAUUUGUCGUGUACACAGAUUAGCAGAUGUUAAAGCAGGUGCAGUGACUGCCCGUCCCUAUUUAAAGACAUUAUGAUAGUGCCAUUCUAUGUCACUCAGUCGACUGCAUUUACCUAUGGCUGGGUAACUUCCUCUAAACAAAUACAUUAACACACUGUGUGCACUCAAGCCUCCACAGACUCCCCCUGACAUUCAUUGAGUUGAUGUUUGCCUUAAUUUCUUCCAACACUAAUUCUAUUGCCUACAGGUACUUAGUAUAUUCAUUGUGGGAGAAUAAAUACAGUAAUUUUCUUGAAUGAAAGUUAAUGGUAAUUAACACUUAUUAGUUCAUUGUAUUACCGGCCCAUGUUGAAAACUCUGCCCAUCGUCUCUCUCUCUCUCUCUCUCUCUCCUUAGCAGACAGAUGGGCAUCAUAAAAGUUCACUAACUGCAGUGUUAGCGAUACAUCUCUAGUCAAAUUAUAUAUGAACCACAUGCAAUGGACCAUUUCUCUCAAUUGUUUUUAACAAAUAAAAAGCCUACGUGAAUGCAUUCAUCUGCAGUCAUUUAAUUAUACAAAACACCUAUGGACCAUUUCACUCAAUUGUCAAUUUACCCUUUUAACAUAAAAGCCAUGUAAGUCAAUAAAGCCACGCUAUCUAUAGCAAUGAACUUAUACAGUAUGAACCAUCAACAAUGUGCUAUUUGUCUCAGCUAUUCAUUCAUUCAUUUGUUAAUAAGAAAUUAAUUGUAAAUAAAUCCUGUAUUCUUGUCGUUGUGCAGAUAUUGCAUUGAACUUUCGGACGACCUUUGUGAGCACGUCGGGCCAGGUGGUGUACGAUGCUCGCUCCAUAUGUGUGCACUACGUCACCACCUGGCUGUUUGUUGACCUCAUCGCUGCCUUGCCCUUUGACCUGCUCUAUGCCUUCAACGUCAGCGUGGUGAGUGGAUGUCAGGGUGUGUGUGGGACUGUGGAUAUUGAAAAGUAAUAGAUUUUGACUUUGGUUGGUCUAAUGGUUGUAUGGGGCUGUACAGUGGGGAGAACAAGUAUUUGAUACACUGCCGAUUUUGCAGGUUUUCCUACUUACAAAGCAUGUAGAGGUCUGUAAUUUUUAUCAUAGGUACACUUCAACUGUGAGAGACGGAAUCCAGAAAAUCACAUUGUAUGAUUUCUAAGUAAUUCAUUUGCAUUUUAUUGCAUGACAUAAGUAUUUGAUACAUCAGAAAAGCAAAACUUAAUAUUUGGUACAGAAACCUUUGUUUGCAAUUACAGAGAUCAUACGUUUCCUGUAGGUCUUGACCAGGUUUGCACACACUGCAGCAGGGAUUUUGGCCCACUCCUCCAUACCUUCUCCAGAUCCUUCAGGUUUCGGGGCUGUCGCUGGGCAAUACGGACUUUCAGCUCCCUCCAAAUAUUUUCUAUUGGGUUCAGGUCUGGAGACUGGCUAGGCCACUCCAGGACCUUGAGAUGCUUCUUACAGAGCCACUCCUUAGUUGCCCUGGCUGUGUGUUUCGGGUCGUUGUCAUGCUGGAAGACCCAGUCAUGACCCAUCUUCAAUGCUCUUACUGAGGGAAGGAGGUUGUUGGCCAAGAUCUCGCGAUACAUGGCCCCAUCCAUCCUCCCCUCAAUACGGUGCAGUCGUCCUGUCCCCUUUGCAGAAAAGCAUCCCCAAAGAAUGAUGUUUCCACCUCCAUGCUUCACGGUUGGGAUGGUGUACUUGGGGUUGUACUCAUCCUUCUUCUUCCUCCAAACACGGCGAGUGGAGUUUAGACCAAAAAGCUAUAUUUUUGUCUCAUCAGACCACAUGACCUUCUCCCAUUCCUCCUUUGGAUCAUCCAGAUGGUCAUUGGCAAACUUCAGACGGGCCUGGACAUGCGCUGGCUUGAGCAGAGAGACCUUGCGUGCCCUCAGGAUUUUAAUCCAUGACGGCGUAGUGUGUUACUAAUGGUUUUCUUUGAGACUGUGGUCCUAGCUCUCUUCAGGUCAUUGACCAGGUCCUGCCGUGUAGUUCUGGGCUGAUCACUCACCUUCCUCAUGAUCAUUGAUGCCCCACGAGGUGAGAUCUUGUAUGGAGCCCCAGACCGAGGGUGAUUGACCAUCAUCUUGAACUUCUGACAUUUUCUAAUAAUUGCGCCAACAGUUGUUGCCUUCUCACCAAGCUGCUUGCCUAUUGUCCUGUAGCCCAUCCCAGCCUUAUGCAGGUCUACAAUUUUAUCCGUGAUGUCCUUACACAGCUCUCUGGUCUUGGCAAUUGUGGAGAGGUUGGAGUCUGUUUGAUUGAGUGUGUGGACAGGUGUCUUUUAUACAGGUAACGAGUUCAAACAGGUGCAGUUAAUACAGGUAAUGAGUGGAGAACAGGGGGGCUUCUUAAAGAAAAACUAACAGGUCUGUGAGAGCCGGAAUUCUUACUGGUUGGUAGGUGAUCAAAUACUUAUGUCAUGCAAUAAAAUGCAAAUUAAUUACUUAAAAAUCAUACAAUGUGAUUUUCUGGAUUUUUGAUUCCGUCUCUCACAGUUGAAGUGUACCUAUGAUAAAAACUACAGACCUCUACAUGCUUUGUAAGUAGGAAAACCUGCAAAAUCGGCAGUGUAUCAAAUACUUGUUCUCCCCACUGUAUGGGCCAGUCAGUUCCCUAGAGAACUAUAACCAAGGAGCUCUGUGGGUUGCAGCUGCAGGAGAACUGACACCUAUGAUGUCACUUUUCAUCAAACACUGCUUUCCACAGAGAUCCAACAGUACUGAAAAUCUAACUUUCCUCUUUACCUUCUGACCCGAGAUGUGUGUCUGUAUCUAUGUGUCUGUGUUUCUACAGUACUUUGGGGUCCACCUGCUGAAGACAGUGCGGUUGCUGCGCCUGCUGAGGCUGCUACAGAAGCUUGAGCGUUACUCCCAGUACAGUGCUGUAGUACUCACCCUGCUCAUGUCCAUGUUCGCCCUGCUGGCCCACUGGAUGGCCUGCGUCUGGUACUUCAUCGGACGCAGAGAGAUUGAAAACAGCCCCAACUCCUGGGACAUUGGUCAGUACACAUGGAUGUCUACAUUGCACAUUGAGAUUGUAAUCUGUUUUUCAAGGGAGCCAAGAUGCAGCAUCACAGGCAUUCAGUUGUAUAAUAAUAUAACAUUAAUUAAUAAAAUAACACAUAUGGGUCCUACUAGACCUUCUGUGCAAUGACUGUAAUCAUGAUGUAACUACAUUCAAUUCAGGACUUCUAACGCGUCUGGCUGUUGCAAAAUGAUGUGUUUAAUCAUUUUAGCCUAAGAUUUGAUCAAGAAACAGCAGUUAUGCUGUCAUGGAGGAUCAGUCUCCCUUAUAGUAGUCAUUAUAAAUACAAUUAAUGAUUUUAAUAAGGCGAAACCUCGUUGAUAUUCUACACGCAUCACUCAAUGGAAAACUGCAGAAAAAGACACACACAUCCGGCUUGAUGACGAACACACACCCAUGCAUGCACGCACAAAUACAGUUGAAGUCGGAAGUUUACAUACACUUAGGUUGGAGUCAUUAAAACUCGUUUUUCAACCACUCCACACAUUUCUUGUUAACAAACUAUAGUUUUGGCAAGUAUGUUAGGACAUCUACUUUGUGCAUGACACAAGUCAUUUUUCCAACAAUUGUUUACAGACAGAUUAUUUAACUUAUAAUUCACUGUAUCACAAUUCCAGUGGGUCAGAAGUUUACAUACACUAAGUUCACAGUGCCUAUAAACAGCUUGGAAAAUUCCAGAAAAUGAUGUCAUGGCUUUAGAAGCUUCUGACAGGCUAAUUGACAUCAUUUGAGUCAAUUGGAGGUGUACCUGUGGAUGUAUUUCAAGGCCUACCUUCAAACUCAGUGCCUCUUUGCUUGACAUCAUGGGAAAAUCUAAAGAAAUCAGCCAAGACCUCAGAAAAAAAAUUGUAGACCUCCACAAGUCUGGUUCAUCCUUGGGAGCAAUUUCCAAACGCCUGACGGUACCACGUUCAUCUGUACAAACAAUAGUAUGCAAGUAUAAACACCAUGGGACCACGCAGCCAUCAUACAGCUCAGGAAGGAGACGUGUUAUGUCUCCUAGAGACAAUCCCAGAACAACAGCAAAGGACUUGUGAAGAUGCUGGAGGAAACAGGUACAUAAGUAUCUAUAUCCACAGUAAAACAAGUCCUAUAUUGACAUAACCUGAAAGGCCGCUCAGCAAGGAAGAAGCCACUGCUCCAAACCGCCAUAAAAAAGCCAGACUACGGUUUGCAACUGCACAUGGGGACGAAGAUCGUACUUUUUGGAGAAAUGUCCUCUGGUCUGAUGAAACAAAAAUAGAACUGUUUGGCCAUAAUGACCAUCGUUAUGUUUGGAGGAAAAAGGGGGUCGCUUGCAAGCCGAAGAACACCAUCCCAACCGUGAAGAACGGGGGUGGCAGCAUCAUGCUGUGGGGGUGCUUUGCUGCAGGAGGGACUGGUGCACUUCACAAAAUAGAUGGCAUCAUGAGGAAGGAAAAUUAUGUGGAUAUAUUGAAGCAACAUCUCAAGACAUCAGUCAGGAAGUUAAAGCUUGGUCGCAAAUGGGUCUUCCAAAUGGACAAUGACCCCAAGCAUACUUCCAAAGAUAACCCCACCCACUUUGCCAAAGCACAGCCCCCACACCACUAGAGGGAUAUCAACAGACCACCAACUUACUACCCUGAGACAAAGCCCAUGAAGAUCUCCUCCACCGCACGAGCCCGAGGGGGACGCAAAACCUGACAGGAAGAUGACGUCUGUAACUCAACCCACUCAAUUGACGCACCCCUCCUAGGGACAGCAUGGAAGAGCACUAGUAAGCCAGUGACUCAGCCCCCGUAAUAGGGUCAGAGGCAGAGAAUCCCAGUGGAGAGAGGGGAGCCGGCCAGGCAGAGACAACAAGGGUGGUUCGUCGCUCCAGUGCCUUGCCGUUCACCUUCGCACCCCUGGGCCAGACUACACUCAAUCAUAGGACCUACUGAAGAGAUGAGUCUUCAGUAAAGACUUAAAGACUCAAGACCGAGUCUACGUCUCUUACAUGGAUAGGCAGACCAUUCCAUAAAAAUGUAGCUCUAUAGGAGAAAGCCCUGCCUCCAGCUGUUUGCUUAGAAAUUGUAGGGACAAUAAGGAGGCCUGCGUCUUGUGACCGUAGCGUACGUGUAGGUACAGUUGAAGUCGGAAGUUUACAUACACCUUAGCCAAAUAUAUUUCAACUCAGUUUUUCACAAUUCCUGACAUUUAAUCCUAGUAAAAAUUCCCUGUCUUAGGUCAGUUAGGAUCACCACUUUAUUUUAAGAAUGUGAAAUGUCAGAAUAAUAGUAGAGAGAAUGAUUUAGUUCAGCUUUUAUUUCUUUCAUCACAUUCCCAGUGGGUCAGAAGUUUACAUACACUCAAUUAGUAUUUGGUAGCAUUGCCUUUAAAUUGUUUAACUUGGGUCAAACGUUUCGGGUAGCCUUCCAUAAGCUUCCCACAAUAAGUUGGGUGAAUUUUGGCCCAUUGCUCCUGACAGAGCUGGUGUAACUGAGUCAGGUUUGUAGGCCUCCUUGCUCCCACACGCUUUUUCAGUUCUGCCCACACAUUUUCUAUAGGAUUGAGGUCAGGGCUUUGUGAUGGCUACUCCAAUACCUUGACUUUGUUGUCCUUAAGCCAUUUUGCCACAACUUUGGAAGGAUGCUUGGGGUCAUUGUCCAUUUGGAAGACCCAUUUGCAACCAAGCUUUAACUUCCUGACUGAUGUCUUGAGAUGUUGCUACAAUAUAUCCACAUAAUUUUCCUUCCUCAUGAUGCCAUCCAUUUUGUGAAGUGCCAGUCCCUCCUGCAGCAAAGCACCCCCACAGCAUGAUAAUGCCACCCCCGUGCUUCAUGGUUGGGAUGGUGUUGUUCGACUUGCAAGCAACCCCCUUUUUCCUCCAAACAUAACGAUGGUCAUUAUGGCCAAACAGUUCUAUUUUUGUUUCAUCAGACCAGAGGACAUUUCUCCAAAAAGUACGAUCUUUGUCCCAAUGUGCAGUUGCAAACCGUUUUCUGGCUUUUUUACAGUGGCUUCUUCCUUGCUGAGCGGCCUUUCAGGUUCUGUCGAUAUAUGACUCGUUUUACUGUGGAUAUAGAUACUUUUGUACCUGUUUCUUCCAGCAUCUUCACAAGGUGCUUUGCUGUUCUGGGAUUGAUUUGCACUUUUCGCACCAAAGUACGUUCAUCUCUAGGAGACAGAACGCGUCUCCUUCCUGAGCGGUAUGACGGCUGCGGGGUCCCAUGGUGUUUAUACUUGUGCACUAUUGUUUGUACAGAUGAACGUGGUACCGUCAGGCAUUUGGAAAUUGCUCCUAAGGAUGAACCAGACUUGUGGAGGUCUACAAUUCUUUUUCUGAGGUCUUGGCUGAUUUCUUUUGAUUUUCCCAUGAUGUCAAGCAAAGAGGCACUGAGUUUGAAGGUAGGCCUUGAAAUACAUCCACAGGUACACCUCCAAUUGACUCAAAUGAUGUCAAUUAGCCUAUCAGAAGCUUCUAAAGCCAUGACAUCAUUUUCUGGAAUUGUCCAAGCUGUUUAAAGGCAACAAGUCAACUUAGUGUAUGUAAACUUCUGAGGCACUGGAAUUGUGAUACAGUGAAUUAUAAGUUAAAUAAUCUGUCUGUAAACAAUUGUUGGAAAAAUGACUUGUGUCAUGCACAAAGUAGAUGUCCUAACCGACUUGCCAAAACUAUAGUUUGUUAACAAGAAGUUUGUGGAGUGGUUGAAAAACAAGUUUUAAUGACUCCAACCUAAGUGAAUGUAAACUUCCGACUUCAACUGUAUAUAGACAUGUGUGUGCCUUUCGAAAUCAUGUCCAAUCAAUUUGUAGAAACAUCUCAAGGAUAGACCUAUCACUAAAAGCUUCAGUCACACAAAAGUUAUACUUAAACCCGAACUGGUUCUCAAGCAAAUUAGUAAGAUUGUCUCACCCAAUGUUCAAGAAAGGCCUUUUUCCCUUUAUUCAGAUUACAACAACUCAUUUGCAGUUAUUUGAAAAGGAAAUAAUCUCCCAAAUAUCACUAUUUCUAAAACAAGCCAUAGAAAGUUGGUUGCAAUUUCAAUUUAAUCCUCCAGAAACGACAGAACAAAUAAUGCAACAAAUAUUGUGGUUAAAUUCAAAUAUACUAAUUGACAAAAAACCUUUAUUUUUUGACAGAAUGUUUAAAAAAGGUAUAAUCUUCGUAAAUGAUAUCAUCGGUAGGACUGGGGGAGUUAUGUCGCACAUGCAGCUAACAAAAACAUAUGGAAAUGUCUGCUCUACCCAAAAUUACAACCAAAUAAUUGCAGCCUUACCGCAAAAGUGGAAGAGGAAAGUGGAAGGGGGAGAAAGUAAGGAACUUGUCUGUCGGCCUUGCAUUAAAGAACAUAAUUGGUUAAGGAAAACUGUGAUAAAUAAAAAAGUAUAUCAGUUUCACUUAAGGACCAAAGGAUUGACAGCCGUCCCAUAUAGAUUGCAAAAUAGUUGGGAAGAGAUCUUUGACGUACCGAUCCCAUGGCAUAGUGUUUAUGAACUGACACGCAAAACGACACCGGAUUCAAAAAUUUGAAUCUUUCAAUUUAAAUUAUUAUAUACAAUUCUUGCUACCAAUAGAAUGUUAUUUAUAUGGGGGAUACAAUCUUCCCAGCUCUGCAGAUUUUGCUGUGAAGAGACAGAAUCAUUAGAUCAUUUGUUUUGGUUCUGUCCAUUUGUAGCUUGUUUUUGGACACAGGUCCAGGAAUAGCUAAAGGAUUGCAAUAUUUACCUGGAGCUAACCUUGCAGAUAGCAUUACUGGGUGAUCUGAAAAGUCAUAGUCAAUCAAUCAAUCAAUAAUAUAAUAAUACUUUUAGCAAAAAUGUUUAUUUUUAAUUCACAAUCUUUAGAAGCAAUGAGAAUAGAAAGGUUCAGAACUCUUGUAAAACAUCACAGUACGGUUGAAAUAUAUAUGGCAAAUAGAAAUCCUAUAUGGAUGGUGUUAAGAGAUAGAUGGGAGGUAUUGAAUAGAGUUGAAGGAUGGGACUAAUAACAAAUAACAACAAAUAAUAACAAAGAUAGCUAAUAAUGUAAGCAUACUGUGUCCAUAAUAAGUAUAUAGGUUGUAUGUUGGGAGCUUUUGGGAAGAGCACAGUUAGAAAGAUAUGGCAUAUAGAAGCAAACCGGAUGGACAUCAUGAAAAUGAUCGGAGAGGUUGAGAGUAGAAGAAGUUCAGGAGCAAAAAAAAUAUAUAUAUAUAUAUAAUAUAAUUACUGUAAAAUUAACUCUGUCCAUAAGGUGUAGAUAGUAAUAAAAAAUAAAAAAAACAUCUCAAGGAUGAUCAAUGGAAACAUGAUGCACCUGACCUCAAUUUUUCCCUUUGUCAUUAUGGGGUAUUGUGUGUAGAUUGCUGAGGAUUUAAAUGUUUAAAAAAAAAUCCAUUUUAGAAAAAGGCUGUAACGUAACAAAAUGUGGAAAAAGUCAAGGGGUCUGAAUACUUUCCAAAGGCACUGUACCCCAGAGUGUUACAGCCAGGCUUGCUGCCUAUCUUUAGCCCAGCCCCAGGACUCAAGCACCAUGAACCCAACUGGUUCAGAGACUGUCAUUGGUUUUACAGGCAUUUCCUGGUUGAAGGCUUAAAUGAUGGGUGAGUUUCUAUGCUAAAGUUUAGGAUUUGAUUUUGAGGGUACCCACAGCCAUUCCUGAUCGGUUGCAAUUACUGUAAGUUGAUUGAGCCUGUACUAUUCAAAGCUUGAUUGGCGAGUAAGUUGGUACGUUUUGGGAGUUGAUGUUGGUGGUAGCCACAGCCAUUCCUGAGCUGUCAGAUUUAGUUGGUUCAGAAUGAGGGAUUAGGGUCCCUUUCAAACGCUAAUGCAAGGUCAGACUGAUCUUUAAUUAAUUCGGAUGAUUACGGUUUAUUUCACGUUUGGGUUGGCAGAGGUUUGGCUUGUCCCAGCUCAGUAUAAAAGCAAGUUGGACCAGUUUCAUAUUAAACUGUAGUGAUACGAGAUUGCUAAAUUUAUUUGAGACAAAAAUAUUUCAUUUUGCAGUGUUUUCUUUAAGUGGGAGACUGUCAAACAUACAUUUUCUUUCAAGAGCCUUACAUAGCCAACAGCAUUGCCAAACCAGUCCAUGAAAGCACCAAAUGUAAUAGCACAUUUUCAAUUUCCUACACAGACACACAGAAACCCUCUCAUCUUAUAAGCCUGUUCUCUUCAAUCUGUUAUUAUUAUAGCUCAGCAGUAUUUAUAGACCAGCUCUAGUAACAUGACAAACACAUCAACAGCAGCAGCAGCUCACAACAACAGCAUAUCAACAGAUAUGCCACAGGCGUGCGUGUGUCUUUGUGUGUGUCUGCAGAUACUGUAGGGUUGUACUGUGAACGGCUGCAGAACCUUUUGUCUGCAGACAUAUCAAUAAUUCAAGUCCAUGGGAGCAGCUCUUAGUCAGGGCUGAUACUCAGUUCCCUGCUCCCUGCAAACACCCUGCUCCUUGAUGCAACCUCAGCCACAAUGCACAAUACUGUCUGAUACUCAGUUCCCUGCUCCCUGCAUACACCCUGCUCCUCGAUCCAUCCUCAGCCACAAUGCACAAUACUGUCUGAUACUCAGUUCCCUGCUCCCUGCAUACACCCUGCUCCUCGAUCCAUCCUCAGCCACAAUGCACAACACUGUCUGAUACUCAGUUCCCUGCUCCCUGCAUACACCCUGCUCCUCGAUGCAUCCUCAGCCUCAAUGCACAAUACUGUCUGAUACUCAGUUCCCUGCUCCCUGCAUACACCCUGCUCCUCGAUGCAUCCUCAGCCUCAAUGCACAAUACUGUCUGAUACUCAGUUCCCUGCUCCCUGCAUACACCCUGCUCCUCUAUGCAUCCUCAGCCACAAUGCACAAUACUGUCUGAUACUCAGUUCCCUGCUCCCUUGUUGCUCCCUCCCUACCGUACCCUUCUCCAUAUAGGCACAACCAUAAUACUGCCUUACAAAUAAUAUUAAUCUCCCUGCACCCUGCUCCUCCAUGCUAGCACAGCCACAAUAUAUCUCUCUGCUCUACCAACUGAGCUACAUCCCUGCCGGCCAUUCCCUCCCAUACCCUGGACGACGCUGGGCCAAUUGUGCGCAGCCCCAUGGGUCUCCCGGUCGCGGCCGGCUGCGACAGAGCCUGGAUUCGAACCAGGAUCUCUGUUGGCACAGCUAGCACUGCGAUGCAGUGCCUUAGACCACUGCGCCACUCGGGAGACCCAUGGGCACCCAAAUGGCACCCUAUUCCCUAUAUAUUGCACUACUUUUGAGCAGAGCCAAAUGGGCCCUGGUCAAAAGUAGUGCAUUAUAUAGGGAAUACGGUACCAUUUGGGACGCAGCCUAUAUUGUAGACAGAGGAGCUAAGUCCUAUGAGGAGAAGAGAACAGGACAGUGACAAAAGGAGCAUUGACUAAUAGGAUUGUUUAUUAUAACACCAGAUAUAAUAGGUAUAGGACUAUAUCUAUAUACAUCUCAGAGGGCAUGUAGGGAUAGGAAAGUAGGAGAGUGAAUAGUGAUAACCUAUUAUUUCUUCCGACCGUCAGUAUCCUGUGUUAAUGGAUUAACUUUACUCAUACAGUAUACACCCUGAGGACUGGCACCAACAUACACCAGAGGAAGUACUAGAGAGAGAGAGAGAGAGAGAGAGAGAGAGAGAGAUAGAGAUAGAGAGAGAGAGAGAGAGAGAGAGAGAGAGAGAGAGAGAGAGAGAGAGAGAGAGAGAGAGAGAGAGAGAGAGAGAGAGAGAGAGAGAGACUCUCUACUGUGAGCCCAAGGCCACUUUGUUUUGUCUGCAACACGUCUCUGGAGAGAACUUGACUAAAGGCUGAUGUAAGAGGCUUGAAUGGCACAUUUUAUUUCGUUCUCGGGGACACUAGAUAGCGUUCAGGCAGUUUAUUCAAAUGGAAUAUCUGGGACUCAGUGUGAUGUGACUUCCCACGUGUGUGCACGCGUGUGUGGUUUCUAAAUUUGUCUCUGUCAGCAGCUCAUCUAGCAUUCUCCUUUCUCUCCAUCUGUCCUUCUCACUCUUUCUCAUCCCCUCAUUCUCUCUCUACCUGUUGUUUUUUAUGCUGUGAAGACUAAAGUCUGAGAGAGGUUGUUAUCUUUUGAGUGUCACUUCAAAGCUUCACAACUCCAGUAGAACAGUCUGUGCUUCUUCUGCUAUGUCUUUCAAAGACGUGGGCUGGGUGACUGACAGACUGACAGACAGAGAUAGAGUGUGGUGCAGAAUAACAGUAUGGAACCCCCUGGGAUACACCUGCAUCAUGAUCCAGUUUCUUAGAGAGAGGAGAGUAAGCCUGCUAGCAGCCUUAUAUAGAGCUCUGGCCUGGAGUUCAGCACCAUGGACAGCAUCAUGUCAGAGCAAAGGAGAAGAGAGUACUGUAUGUUAAAUGGACAGCAGCAGGGAGAAUGUAGGAGGCAGUUGAGAGAGAGGGUAGGUUCUGAACCUUGGACAAGGGCAGAGAAGAGGAGUUGUCAGAGAGUUAGUUCAGGACCACGGACAGCAAAGUAGUUGUAUCUGGCUGUGCAUGGAUAGAAAAGCAGACUGAGAAAGUUCUGCCAAUUGCUUACAUAAUUUGUUAUGUUCACACAGCCAUGUAAGCAAACCUAUUCAAAAGACCCACCCCAGUGCACACUGCGGGUGCACAAACAAACACAUUGAUAAACAAAUGUAUUCACACACAUACCGCUGCAUACUGACACACGCUCACACACACCUAACCACCACGUACACACACUACACACACGCUGGCACAUAAAUCAGCAAAAUUAUACCCUCAAUUCUUCUGAACCACGUCCUAGAAAUGCUAGCUUGCAUAAUGACAAGCUAAUUAGGCAACAACUGAGGUGUAACAUUCCAAAUGAUAUUGGUUUAUUCAGUUCACUGAGACUACCCACAGACAUUCAUUAGUGGGCCUUGUUUAUACACUGGGUCAGCUUCAGUGUGUGUGUGUGUGUGUGUGUGUGUGUGUGUGUGUGUGUGUGUGUGUGUGUGUGUGUGUGUGUGUGUACAUUGGUCAGCCCAGCUCAACUACAAGGUCAAAGAUACAGCUUCUUCCCCCAUGUGUGUGUUUCUUUGGAUUGCUGACAGGCUGUCCACAAUGGAUUAUUCACCUAGGUAUCUGUAUGUAACUUUUAUUUUGUAUUUCUCCCCCUCUCCCUCCUUCUCUCCUCCCUCUCCCCCUCUAUCUCUCUCCCUCCCUCCCUCCUUCUCUCUCCUUCCCCCUCUCUUCAUCUCCCUCUCCCACUUCCCUCCCCCUCCCCCCUCUCUCAGGUUGGCUACACGAGUUGGGAAAGCGUCUGGGAACCCCUUACUUCCUGUCUCCCCUUGCCACUUUGGCUCCUGGUUCGCUGCACCCCGCCAUUGUCGACGCUUUCCCGGCCAACAGCAGCCAAUGGAACGUGUCCGGGUCGGCGCUGGCAGGGCCGGACUCGUGGAACUCAAGCCAGUGGAACGUCACAGGGACUGGGGCCGGGGCCUUGGCUGACGGGGUGGAGGUUGGGGUGGGACAGGGUGGAGGGAUGCUGGGUGGGGGUCCAUCAGUGAGGAGCUCCUACGUGACAUCGCUGUACUUCGCUCUGAGCAGUCUGACCAGCGUGGGCUUCGGGAAUGUCUCAGCCAACACCGACUCUGAGAAGAUCUUCUCCAUCUGCACCAUGCUCAUAGGAGGUGAGUCCCUGGAGAUACAACAGGGACGUUAUUGGUUAGUGAGAACGUCAGGCCUCAGCGGUGUCAGGGGA